AUGCCGGCCUUUGCUGCCGGCGUCUCGCGCUCGCUCUCCAGUGGCGCUGAGUCGCUUAGAGGAACACUCGGCGGCUGGACCUGGGCUCCGGCCCUCGCGGUGGCCAAGCCCGCUGUUCUUGCUCUCCUCUCUCGAGUCGACACCGGCACAUUGCUCCUCGUCGAUGAGCCCGGAGAGACGCGCCAUGUGUUUGGCCAGAGGCUGUCCAGUGAGCCUGGCGGUGUCGAGCUAUCCACCGGCUUGCCGCGCCGGGCCACCUCCGUUCCCCGUGUUGAGAUCGUCGUCAAGAACGAUGCCUUCUGGAUGAGGCUCUUUCUCUUUGCCGACAUGGGAUUCGCCGAGGCAUACAUGCUUGGCGACUUCCAGUGUGAGGACCUCACGUCCUUCUUUCGUCUCUUCAUCGUCAACCGGGACCACAUGAACAACGGGACGACCUGGAUCUCAAGCCUCUCCUCGAUUGCCUCCACAAUGGCCCGUUCCACCAACACACUUUCGAAUGCUCUCCUCAACAUAUCCGCACAUUACGAUAUAAGCAACGACAUGUUUGCCGCUUUCUUGUCCCCAGACAUGACAUACUCAUGCCCCAUUUGGCAGCAAGCCUCUGGGACAGAACCUCGUGAGGAGUCCUUGGAGGAGGCGCAAAUCACAAAGUUGAACCGCUUCAUCGAUGGCGCCAAAAUCAAGCCAACCGACCACGUCCUGGAGAUAGGAACCGGCUGGGGCUCGUUUGCCCUCGAGGCGGUCAGGCGGACGGGGUGCCGCGUGACGAGUCUUACGCUCUCAAAGGAGCAAAAGGCCCUCGCCGAAGAGCGAAUCGCGGCAGCUGGCUUCUGUGACCGGAUUGAAGUCAAGCUGAUGGAUUAUCGAGAGCUCCCAGUCCCGCCGCAGCCGUUCGACAAGAUCGUUUCAAUCGAAAUGCUCGAAGCCGUCGGUCAAGAGUACCUCGCCACGUAUUUCAAGUGCGUGGACCGCCUGCUCAAAAAAGACGGCGGCAUUGCAAUGUUUCAGUGCAUUACAAUGCCCGAAAGUCGUCACGAGGUGUAUUCCAAGUCGGAAGACUUCAUCAAUCAUUACAUAUUUCCGGGUGGUUAUCUCCCAUCCUCGACCCAAUUACUCCACCAUAUCAGCCAGCAGUCCGCUGGCUCUCUGAUCGUCGAAAAUAUCGAAAACAUAGGCGGCCAUUAUGCCAGGACGCUGAGGCUUUGGAACGAGAAGUUCCAGGAGAACUUCAACGACGCGAUUAAGCCUGCGUUACUCAAGGAGCACCCGGAUUUGACGAAAGCCGGAGUCGAGGUCUUUCGCAGGAAGUGGGAGUAUUACUUUACCUACUGCGAGGCUGGCUUCGUCUCCAAGACCUUGGGAGACGUAAUCAUAACCGUUGGCCGCGAGGGAGCUCUCGAGCUGAUGGAAGGCAUCCCGCUGUAG